CUCACUGCUGGCAGCUGCAAGAUUCCAGCGCUCGUCAUCAGCCAUUCGCCAGGCGUUCUCACAUUCUUUUCACCUGGCAUCUUUCUUUUUUCUCUUGCAGGUGCAGGUUCAGUUCUUUUCCACUUGUCACCUUUCCUUUCUUUCCUUUCUUUUCUCCCUUGCAGUCCCCUUCUUUCUCGUCUUUUACCUUUGAUUCUACCUGUACUUUCUCUUCCAAACGCAUGCGCGGCCUCAUCUGAUUCGUCCAUUCCUCCUGCAUCUCGCUUUUGCGGCGAGGCGAGGCAAGCCCAGCGCCGACGCCGAAAAUGCAUCUCGCGACAACGCUGCUCGAGCUUCCUGCCCCCCUCUGGGCCUGGAUCCGAGCGACUCCAGUGUACAUCCUCCUCGGCCUCUUCCUCGCGCUGGUUCUGGUGGGACUCUUCGGUCUCUUUGUACUCCUCCACCUCGUCGCCCCGAAGCCUCGCCCGGUUCUUCCCUCGGAAAAGACAUACAUCACCAGUGGCCCUUCGGGCAAGACGACGCCGCGUCCUCUUCCCUGCUGGUACGAUCGAUGGCUCGCAGAACGCCGCCUCAGCGAGCAGCGUGUUCGCCCCGAGCAGGCGUUCCCAACACCCGAUGUCGGCUCCAUCGAGCCCGCCGAGCUCCUCCUCAGCGUCGUCUUCCCCGCGUAUAACGAGCAGGACCGUGUCAUUCCGACGCUCGAAGAAGCCGUCGAGUACCUGGACAAGCACUUUGGACGCAGCGCCGGCGCCAAGAACCCUGCUGUGCCGGUCAAGAAGCGGCAUGCGCCAAGUGUUGCUGAUCCCAAGGAGCGAGGCCUCAGCGGUUACGAAAUCAUUGUUGUUGACGACGGAAGCCGCGACAAGACGGUCGAUGUGGUGCUCGACUUUGCGCAGAAGAAUGGCCUCCAUGAUACGCUGCGGGUUGUGUCUCUGGUCAAGAAUCGGGGCAAGGGCGGUGGUGUAACUCACGGCCUUCGCCACGUGCGUGGCGAGUACGCCUUGUUUGCCGACGCCGACGGCGCAUCGCGGUUCAGCGACGUGGCCAAGCUGAUUGAGGGCGUCGAGGAGGUUGUUGACGGCUCCCGUCGGGGAGUUGCCAUUGGCAGCCGUGCCCAUCUCGUAGGUAGUGAGGCAGUCGUCAAGCGCUCUGCCCUCCGAAACUUUCUCAUGCGGUCAUUCCACCUCGUCCUCACCAUCCUCACGCCUCCGGCCACCUCCCGGAUCCGCGACACCCAAUGCGGCUUCAAGCUCUUUACCCGCGCUUCACUGCCGCACAUCGUUCCCUACAUGCAUACCGAAGGCUGGAUCUUCGAUAUCGAGAUGCUGAUGCUUGCCGAGUCCGCACCCGCCACCCCCGUCUUGGGCAGCGACGGCAGUGUUAUUGGCACUAGUCCUGGCAUCAAAGUCGCCGAGGUGCCCAUCCAGUGGCACGAGGUGGGCGGCAGCAAGCUGAACGUAAUCCAGGAUAGCAUCAAGAUGGCCAUUGGAUUGGCCGUAUUGAGGGCCAGUUGGAUGAUGGGCGUGUAUAGGAGGCGCCUCACUUGAGACUUGGAGCCCGUGGAAAUCGACAAUCAGUAGGGGUUGAUGGAUAAAUCCGCGGCAGAUAAAGCACACAUCCAUGUGUAUGCCUUUUAAAAUAGAUGGCCAUGUCUAGCCAUGUGAAACCUUCUUACAUGGUUGCUG